AUGGGCGAUUAUAACAAAGCAGAGUUCUUGAACUUCAUUGGCGACUCCAUCGUCAGCCUGCAGAACUGGAAUAGUGGAAGAGGUGUACGUCCCCAUAUACUGCUUGGUCAGAUGCGUGAAAUGUCCGAUACGAUGCUUGCCUAUUCCACCUCGCUUCCACCGGGUGAAGCUGCAACCGCUUGCGAGAAGACUGCUCGUUAUCUUGUGGCUAUUAGGGUCAGCCUUACGCAAACAGGGCUCACAGACACGAUCAAACUCAAUAUGAGAAGGGCUUCCCAUUUGUGUAGCCAUAUCUUGUCUGGAGACCUCCCUGUGGAUUUCUCGAGUUGUCCUUGUUGCUGCAAGAAAUGCGGUAAGAAGGGUAAGAAAGAUACUGCAAACCAUGUGAAGGAGGAAAAGAAUGCGGCAGGGGCGAGCAAAGAGGUAAAGGCGAGCAAAGAUGUGAAGGUGAGCAAGGAGGCCGAGCCCGAGGCAGAGGUAAGCGAUGUUUCCGAAGCAGGCAGCGCGGCGGAGGAGAGCGAUGUGUCGAAGGAAAGCAGCACGGCGGAGUAA